GUGCCCCCUAACCUUGAAUCGUGUCGUAUUCUCUUCACUUCUGCUCCAACCAUUUUUCUGUUUUGAUAUUCUUGCUCAUUGAGGAUAUUGUCGAAGUUUAUUCCGUCUAUUUCUUGGGGCUCUAAAGGAGAAAAAUAAAGAUACUGUGUUUUCCCCCGGGGAUCUUGUUGGCUGUCCAGUGACAUUGAGUUGGCGACAGUGUUGAUUUUUCCGCUGUACGUUCAGUUGGAUCAAGUGUGUGACAUUGGUGCCAUCGAUUCACGCAGUCACCGACGCCUUACACUCCGGCUGCUACCAAAAAUAUAACACAUUUUGGUGGGAGAUAAAUCAGUAUUUUCAAAUAUGAAGGCGCCCGAAGGUAAUUCUGACCCUUGGAAUCCCAACGGGCAAGCAGCACACCUUCCAACUUAUGCAGAAGCAAUGCGCGCUGGCCCACCUUAUCCGACGGAAGGGCCCAAUCAUCCUGGUCCUCACCCAACACAACAGCUGCCGUAUCCAACUGAGGGGCCCAAUUAUACUACUCCUUAUCCAACACAGCAACCGCCGUAUCCAACUCAAGUUCCUCAUCCAACGCCACAGAUCUACGUACCUGCCCAAGAUUUCACCGAUUUCUCACAGCCAGUGUCCGGAAACCAAACGCAUCAGCAAUAUCAGACUGGUGCAGUUCCAGUCAUUCAUCACCCACCAACACACAUUCAACACAUCGUGACGUCUGCUCCAAGCAGUAAUACUUGUUGCAGAAAUCGAUCGACUGGUAUACUAUUUGCGGUAGUACUUGCCUUAAUCGUCAUAGCGACAAUUAUAAGAUUGAAUGCCUCAAUGCGGUGAAUCUUACACCGGGGAUUAAGAGUUUUAAUAGGUAAACGGGAUCAAUAUAAUGUAUGUAAUGUUUUGCUAGGCGAUUCAGGGACUUCUCGACGGACAUGUGACCAAGAAAGCCGAUAUUCUACAAAUUUUCAAUUACAAUUUUUAUUACAUUAUUACAAUGAACAACGCAUUAGUCCAUUUAAUGAAAACGAGAUAUAUAUAUAUAUAUAUAUACUGUACGCCUCUUUACUCUAAGUGGAACUAUCAUAAGUAUUAUAAUUCAUGAGGAGGAAAUUCUUAGAGGAGACGAAGUAAAAAAUACAUUAAAAGAAGCCUUUUCCAUCA